CGAAACGCGACUUCACGCGUCGGGCUUGGCAUCGAGUUAAGUGCGUGAGUGGCCUACUAUGGUACUAAACUGCUUCAGGAAGUCUGUUUUUUGUUUACUUAUCACAACGGCCUGCAACUUGGCCUUCCUGCUUCAACUGCCUUAUGUGUAUCUUUUUAGAGUACGCCAUCUUUAGACCUUCAUCAAUCUAUCUCUCCGCUUCAUGACAGACGACAUCCCAAGAACCAAGAUGGAGACCCGCGGCUCAAAGCGUAAGAGUUCGGCCAUUUCUCCAGCUAAGCCAGGAACAAAUACUUCCCACUUCCAAACAACGACCCCUUCCAAGAAGAGACAGCAGAAGAGACUUCGCUUUUCGGACUCAUUACUACUUGAAGGGUCUACUGGUCUGACUCCUGCUGUCGGCAAGGCUUCGCUGAAGACACCCAAGCCAAGACGGGCAUCGACACCAGCAAUCACAAGACAUGAAGACCAUGAUGAGAUCCAGUUCACUCCGCUGCGGCAAGCUCUUACACCCAGAACCAUUCGCCAAAUCAAAAGACAUGGCUUGAGCGACGAGAUGAACCAGAUCUAUGCGGAUCAGAAAGCCUACAAAGCGUUGAUGCGGGAAAACGAGAAGCUCAAGGCAGCGCUACUCGAGGCACAGCAACGAGGUGCUCUUCCUGCAGACUUGUCAUCCAGUCAGAGCCGAAUUGAUGAGGUGCAAGCCAAAAUCGAGCAACUACAACAAAGCUUCAGCAGUGCCAGUCAAGAGACCAGCUCUCUCGGAGUCGAUGGCGAUGAUGCCGGGUUUCAGAUCUACGAGGAUGACGCCGCUGCAGACGAAUUCCCUGCUUCUGAUGGCCUUGACACUCUCCUCGUGGGGUCGGAAUUGGAAUAUGCUCGUCAAGCUAAGCAGAGUCUCUUCCGUUCAAGUCAAGGUCCAUCAUCCAGCAUUAUACAUUUUGAAGACUCCCCUGUUCGCCUAAGCAAUAGACACAAUCAGACACCGUCGCCACCUCAACACUACGAACUUCUUUCCAAACAACUGCAAGCCGCGACGAACCGAGCAGAGGAAGCCGAGGUCGCAUUGAAGGCACUGGAUCUGGAAAUUCAGAGCUUGGGCUUUCCUGCUAAUAGCGACGAUGCCAACGAUUGCAUCUGGAGCAUUAAGAACCAUUUCCGCGAGAUGCGAAUCGAGCUGGAGAAACUGGUUCCAGGUGAGACAGUCAGCUCAUUCGACAAUGCCAGACUUCUGCCGGAAAUUUUGGCCAAGCUCAAGAUGGUGGCGGAGCGCGCACGGGACCGGGAAGCCGAGCUGAAAUCAAUGCGUGAACAACAGCGUUGUCUCAAGGGCAACUUUGAUCACGCAAUUGUCGCAGCUGAGAAGGCGAACAGCCGUGUCAAAGAACUGGAAGAAGCAAUCGACACCAAUGCCGAAGAAAUGCUUGAAAUCCGAAUGAGAGCACAAGCUUGGGAAAAAGAGUCAAAGGAGCACGAAGAGAACAAUCAGUCAUUGAUCGCCGCCAUCAAGAAAUACCGAGCAGAAGUCACGAAGUUGGAAGAAUUGGUUACUUUGAUCGAACAAGAACAGGCAGCGAGACUCCAGGAGGUCCGAACCGCGACAGCAACCGAAUUUUCUCAAAAAUUGUCUGAUAUGGAUGCCAAAGUGGCUGCUGAAACCCGAGGCAGACAAGCCGCCGAAGAAUCGGCCGUCGAUCGACUGAGAAAGAUCAAUGAGCUUGAGUCCUCCCUUUCGACGGCACGACAACAAGCGGAUGAGCAACUGGCCCGACUUGAGGAGCAACUCCAUAAUUCCAAGCGUUCUCAUGCAGAACAGCUCGCUGCAACCAACCACGCGCAUGAAGAAGAAGUCGGUGGAUUCAACUCGAGAAUCGCCGGUCUUUCUACAGCUUUGGCCUCGGCCAACGCCGAAAUCGCGAAGCUCAAGAAAUUCAACUCCAAACUGGGGGACCGAUACCGUGCAGAGAUCAGCCAUGCAUCUCGAGCCGUCGAUCGCAUGAACACCGAAUUCAUCCGCGCCGUCACCAAAUUUAGCGAGGAGAGAAAGGGGUACGUCCGCGGCGCGACAAUGCGACACGCCAAUUGGGAAAUCGAGAGUGACGAUCUUGUUUCUGACCCCAUCCUGCCAAUGACGCCGGCUAGCGUGGUACGAUUUUCGAGUCCGGAGUACUACAACGACGAUGCCCACGUCCCUCUGCCUGCCAGUGUUCGAGUCUCCAGAGGCGAGAGUCGCAAGCGAGAUGGUAUUGUUCCAGGGCUGGGUAUUAUGAAGAAACCUCGUCGAAGCUAUGACAGUGGCAUCGGAAUGGGUUCAUUGAGCGAGGCCGAUGAAGAUGAUAUCUCGAAUGACAUUAUGACGCCGGAUAUGAGUUCGGACGCCGAUGUAGAGACUGAAAAUGAGGGAAAUGUCGAGAUGAUGGUAUGAUGGUAUGUUGUGGCGUUUUCUUAUCAAAAGGGGCUGGACCAACCGACUGGUAUUUCUUUUUCUUGCUAUGGAUUCAGAUUGGCAUAGCGAUUCGUGGACAGUUGUGGAACUACACAGAUUUCUCCUUUGUUACAUCUGGGCACAGGUUCGGACUUGGAUUGCAUUUGGCGUGGUGUUUUGGUUUAUACAUGUUGGCAAUUUGCCGGCUACAUCAUCUUGACAGUUUCUACGUCCUGAAUGAGACUCACUAGAACAUGA